AUGGAGAGAUUCCUUCAUCGACGAUGGGAUGGGCGGAUCGUGGAUGUGGACGAAUUUCAAGUGGCCAAAGCUUUGCUGGACGGCGAAACGGACCUCCUUAGCCAGGAAAUCGACUCCGAGGAACACCUCUUUGUCUUGUGCUGUCGCUUCGGCCACGAAAGCACGGCUGCAGCCAUGAUCUCAUACAGAGUGCCAGGGUGCGUUUUCAAGGGUCCGCACAGCUUGCGGCGUCCUGCUGUUGAACCUCAUGAACCACAAGCAGGCUUCGUUGGUGUGUGUUGGUCCAGAAAGUGUAGGGACUGGAGUUGCAGAUGUUGCAGCUGGGGCUUUCCGGAGGAUGCGGGUGUUUGGAUGGAGGAUUGGGAUGCAAGUCUCCAGAAUGCAAAGAGCGCAGCAGAAAGCGCGUCUGCAACGCCUGUUGUCCGCGCCUUGCUGGAGGCGUUCCGCUCCCAGGUGGCUUGCGAAGGCAUCGCAACGGAGGACGCCACAGCCUACCUGCUCGACGUUGCCAUCCUCGUGGGGGAUGCCGAGCUCGCUAGAUCCUGUGCCCAGCACUGCACCCGCUUCCCGCUGAGGCGCUGGAGAUUGGAUGAGUUUGUUGUUGUUCCUGAAUGCCACCCUCAUUAUUAUGGUUUCAGGAUCAUCAAAGAUGGCCCGUGUCUUCAAGCAGAGAUCCUGGAGAAAGACAUCCUGAUUGCAGCUUUGGCCGCCGGCCUGGAGCUCGAGCAGCUGACCCACGGCAAUCCCGAUCCCGUUUCGCUUGCGGAAGCCGUGGUACUUUCUGCAGAUGAGGAGCUCUGGCAGCGAAUCGAAGGCCUUCAACUGCGGCUCGGUCCGGGGCCAAUGCACGAAGACGGAAACGACAUGGCCCGUUAUCUCCUCGAGCACUCCGGCGGCUUUCUCGGGCUGAGCCCGAAGCUCCUGCAUCGGGCCAAGAGGGCCGGUCUCGCACUGAGCUCCUUUCAGAUGAAGGUUGACUUCAAUUGCGAAUGUGGCGGUUGUGCCUUUGGGCGACCCGGCUUCUGUUUCUCAUUGCUGGACUUGGCGAUACUCUUCGGUCAAAGCGACUGCAGCCGACUCUGUGGGGCGAUGGACAUCGCGGCGACGAAGCUUACGAUGCGAGCCAGCCUGGAAGCGAUGCCUGUCGUGUGGGAGGACCUCGAUCCGUGCGAAGACUGUGGCUGUAGCUCGUGGUAUCUUGAAGAGUGUCUUUGGGAAAACUUCAGCUUCUCCGCCGACAGCAUCGCAUCGCUCCCGGAGCGCCAAGCGGCAGCAGCCGAGGCGCUUCGCACAGCAUUGCCUGUGUCCCUCCGACGGACCGCAAGCUCUGCAGGCUUCGGGCUCUUUCAGGCCAUGCGCAAGUGGGCUCAAGGGAAGCAUGUGCCAGUAACUUUGGUGAAUUUGGUGUUGACAUUCGCGGCAGGCCGGCCAGCACUGGCCCAGGUUUGGGAGGGGCAUGGGGAGCAGCUUCCGCCCUUGGGCCACUGGUGGGAAGAGACGGUGCCCAGAGAGAGCCAAGAUCCGAAGAGUCUCCAAUCGGUGCUGGAGGUUACAGAGCCACAUGGGCAAAAUGAGAGUGGUGGAGUCACGGAGGGGCCUCCUGCAUCUUCCAGCAACGAAGCGCAUGCACAUGCUGACGGCACAAGCGAGAAAGCCAGCGGUCCAGACCAGGACACCACUAACGAUCUCCUCACGGCCCUCCGCAACAGCAAGAGCGACAAUCCACCAUUGAGUGGUGAUGGCGUGGUGAUCUUUCGAAUCACGCGCAGGGCCCAUGCGGAGGAGGUCAACGCCGUCCUCUUCGAUGCGACCGGGCCCUUGUGGCCCUUGCACCGCCGUGUGCUGGAGGCCGGCUGUGAGGUGGCGCCGGAAUGGUCUCCCAUCAAGGCCCUCUUCGUGCCCUUGACCCAUCCACAGCUGCAAGAGCUUUCGCAGGGAAGCAUCUACGAGUUGGGGAAAGCAAAUCUGCUGGCCCUCCAGUCGGACGCCGAGCUCCUCAUUGAGGCAUUCAGCGAGCUUCAGCGCAAGGUACGCCCGAGGCUCCGCCGCGAAGCUCCGCGUGUGGAUGAGGAAGACGACGGAGCUGCAGACGACGAGCCUUUCCUUGUGGUGGAGGGUGGAAUCCGGACGGAUUCCAGUGUGUUAUACCCUGUCUGGGCAGGGGAGGCUUGA